AAGUUAUUGUGUAACUUAGCUACUAUCCUAAUAAGUUACUUGCUAUCCUAAACUAGCUACAGACAGUGUAAGUUAUUUAUUUAGUUAGCUAGUUGUGGGUUAAAAUCUAAUAUGUAUGUGUGUAAACAGUGAGUAAAAGUGAGAUUGUAACGUUGGUUGCUAAAUUGUCAAAAUGAAAUGCAGUUUCCCCCCUCUAGCAUAAAUCAUGUAAGUUAACCCUAUCUCGUUUUUUCUAUUUUUGUAGCUAAGUGGGUUAACCUCUUUGUAUUGAAGGCUAGAGGUUUAUAUUCAGCAGUAAAGUGGAGCUAGCUAGUUAACGUUAGUGUAACUUUAUCUGAUGAUGGAGCUAACGUUAAAGUUGUAGAAAUUACGUAGUUAGUUCGCGUUAGCUAGCUUGUUAUCUCUGUUUAGAUGGAUGAACUCUAUAGCUAACUAUGUUGUUGGACAAGAAACUGUCCAAUCUGGAAAAGAAAACUUGUUUGGCAGUGAGCUGUUUCAUUACUAUACUGUUUAUUGCUGAAUUACCUAGUGAACCUAACCAAGCUAUAACGUUAUAACUAGCUAUUUAUCUACAGUAUUACUCGAGAUGUAGCAGCCAUCCUAUUGUCUUGCUUACUAAAAUUCUCAGCCCCAAACGGAUCAUCAUCAUCAUCAUCAUCAUCAUCAUCCUCAGUAAACUAGUAAAGUCGUCAUGUCCUCGGACCGGACAUCUUCACUCACUGGAUCACACGGGCUCCUACGCGGUCAGCGCACCAAGUCUUAUGGCAGUCUGGUGACUUCGUCCCUGUCACCAGUCAGACAGAAACGCAUUGAACACAAGGUUCAACCAGGAGACACUCUACAAGGAUUGUCCCUGAAGUAUGGCGUGUCUAUGGAACAAAUCAAAAGGGCAAACAGACUGUACACCAACGAUUCAAUAUUCCUGAAGAAGGUCCUCUUCAUCCCAGUACUGACGGAGUCAAUAUCCUUUGCUAAUGAGAAUGAGCUACUUAAUGAAGUGUCAAAUCAAGAAGAGAGAAAGUCACUUCAGCAGGUUUCCGCUGGAAACGGCCAAGCUGACUGUGAAAGCCAAGAAGUGACUUCAGAUCUUUCUCCAUCGGACUACUUGAAAAGGAUGGAUAGUCUGAUUAAUCAGUCUAAACAAGCAGCUGUGAAAACAUGUCAAGAAGGAGAUAAACAGUUUUCAUCAAUGAAACAGCUUCCCAGCACUCAUGUCUCCAGUGCUUCUUUCCAAGGUCAACAGGCAGUGCUGGGGGCUGUACCUCUCACAAUCACCAAACGUACCAAGAAACUAAGAGACAAAGAGGAUGAGAUUUUUCAGCUCUGACACUGGCUGCUUAGAAGAUCUCUCUGGCUUGUGUCAAGUAUUUAAGUAUGCAAAAAAAACCUUCAAGUUGAAGCAUGAAUUGAGGAUGUCUGAUUUCAUGCCUUUGAGCUAGUGGUGCUGUGUGUUUGAUAUUCAGACUACCAGCAUCUGUGCACUUGAUGACUGAUUGAUUGUGUUGUGGGAGUGAUGUGCUCUGCUACUGUACUAAAUGUGCUGCUGUGGCCUUAGGUCAUGUUUGCACUCUGGCCUGUUGCCUACUAUUGGCUGCAUCACAAAACAAACUGUACAGUACUACUUCCUCUGCAUUUUCUGUCCCAUGACUUCUGUCUUUUAGUCCUCCAAGAAAUCAGACAUGGCUUGCUUAAUGACUGUUAGAAACACUACCUCACAAAAAAGAUGAUAGUUAUGUUUACAAAGCAGAAUUCCUCAAAUUAACUUGGCAUUAACCGAUUGAGCAGGUUUAGUCACACUGUUGAGACAUGACCGUUUGCUGCAAGUAGCUAAGUGGUAUGCAAAUGUGAUUUUAGUCAAUGAUUCGACCGUUAGAAAUACUUAUAUAAGCUGCAUAUUCAUAUAUACAUAUGGGGAAAAAUGCCCAAACAUGAAAACAUUUCAUCUUCCCUAAUUUCCUAGGCACAUUUCAUGUUCUAUUUACUAAAGGUAUGUGAUACAGAUUUUGUUUUGUUGAUUUGUUUUUGUCACGUAGCUGCGAGACUGCCAGGGUUUUAUUUCACAAAGAAGGAUUUUUCAGUUGGAUAAAAGUAAGCCAAAAGUUUCUGCUGUCCAGUGGAAAUGAGCAAACUAAGCCCUCUGAGAAAUCCUGCUUUGUAAAAUGCUGCCAUUGUCAAAAUCCAUAGUUUUAGUUCUUGCCAUUUUUUUGUAAUUGUAACUGAGCAGUGAUCUGCAGGUAUACAAUAAGAAACACUGUGCCCUGUGCCCUCUGUUCUCUCAUUAUUGUAGGGAUUUAACAGAUUGCUAAUCACUGAAGCCGUUACAUUAACUAGUGUCCUAAUUUCUUAUCGAUUUCAGUUCAGUGUUUUAUUUAUUUGGUGUUUGCAGUUUUAACAAGCUGUAGCCAAUUCAAACUUGACUUUUUUUGUUUGUGUAAGAUUUGUGAGAAUGGCCAUAAACAGGAAUGCCACCAAGUAGAGUCAGAGCAACAUUCAGGUUUUCAAGAUCUCAUGACCCAUUGAUUAAUUGCCAAAGGGAAUUGCUCUAGAUGAAUACUUUGUAGAAUGUAUGUGGUUGUGUGCGCUGUGCUUACAUUGUUAACAAUGUAAUACCAUGCAGAAAUAUAAAAAUCUAGCAGUACCAAUAAAACACACAGCUGAUGAUGAAUAAAUGCAGUGUGCCCAAAGA